CAGUGCACUUAGAAUCCAUAAAAUGCUCCACACAGGAGAGAAACCAUUUAAAUGCAUAGAGUGUGGAAAGACCUUUGCUCUGAGCAGUAGACUUAUGAUCCACAAAAAAAUCCACACAGGAGAGAAACCAUUUAAAUGCAUAGAGUGUGGAACGACAUUUGCUCUGAGCAGUAGACUUACUAGCCACAAAAAGCUCCACACAGGAGAGGAACCAUUUAAAUGCAUGGAGUGUGGAAAGACCUUCGCUCUGAGCAGUACACUUACUAUCCACAAAAGGAUCCACACAGGAGAGAAACUAUAUAAAUGUAUGGAGUGUAGAAAGACCUUUGCUCAAAAAAGUCAUUUCCCAUAAGAUGAUCCACACAGGGGAGAAGCUGUAUAAAUGUAUGGAAUGUGGAAAGUAAUUUACUCAUGGCCAUGGAUUGAGAAAAGAGAAAAAGAUCCAUUCAGGAGAGAAGCCAUUUAAAUGCACAGGAGAGAA